UUCGUUUCAACUCUCAUAGGGUUAUAGCUCUCCUUCUUCCUCCUCCUAUUGACUGCGGCAGCGACGAGGCCGAGAAAACCGACACUGCGGCGAAUUCAGCGGCGGAGUAGCCAUCUUUCAAAACCCUUACAUUCACUUUUUGAUUAGCAAGUGUCGGUCGGUGAUGGCCUCAAUCUCGACAUGGUUCAGAUACAUGGCACACAAACUUGAGUAUUCUCUCAGCCUCAGUCUCAAGAGUCAUAGGAAAGAAAAACUGAGUGAUCGAGAACUCAUUCAAGUCAUCUUCAAGAAUCUAUUCCAUGGGAAGAUAACCUUCUUACACUCUGGUAAAGGACCAGAAAUGUCCCCAACCAUGGCAGCCCACGAGAACACACUUCUUGUUCGUAAGAUACCAAUGGCUAACACGAGGUAUCUGUUCGUUGGAGAUGCUGUGGUCUUAAAGGACCCAAACAAUUCAGAUAAGUAUCUGGUGAGAAGAUUAGCAGCUGUAGAAGGAUUCGAAAUGGUAUCAGGUGAUGCAAAAGAGGAGCCUUUUGUUCUCGAAAAAGAUCAAUGCUGGGUAGUUGCUGAAAACAAGGAUAUCAAAGCUAAGGAAGCAUAUGAUAGUCGAACAUUUGGUCCAGUUUCGACAGCAGACAUUGUUGGAAGAGCUAUAUAUUGUCUGAGAACAGCUGUCGAUCAUGGUCCCGUUCGAAACAGUCACACUGCUAUGGGACAAGAUUCUCCAAUCCUGGCCGUAGAAUUGGACGUGGACGAGAUGGCUAAAAACCACAAGGCAGAAUAAAGAGUGACACUUUCUUGUUUUGUGUCGAAGCUAAAUUGUGUUAUUUGUCUGAGAUAUGAGUAAACAAAUAAACCGUACAAUAAUGAUGAAUCCGAUAAUUUUACGUUCCAUGACAGUAUGUUACUUGUGGCAUAUGUGAUAUGUUGCCUCUUGCUUAUCGAAGCUGUGUACCUUCUUGGUAUCUGGAAAAAAUAUUCAUCAUCUAUUGUUUAAUUUUUGAGAAUAAAAAGAUUGUUGCU